AUGAGGAACUGCGCAAACAUGUUGAGUCCCUUCUUUGGAUACUCAUGUCUCAUUUACACCAUCAUUGGGUGGUUUGUGUCACAGUCCCUCUAUCUAGAAACGCUUCGCAGGCUGGUUGCGGUACCUGACCUUGUAGCAUUUUGGCCGUUGAAUGACAUACAUCUUCUUCAGGACAAGUCUGGUAACGGGAAUGAUGCAAUCGACCUUUGGGGCAAUGUAACGUUGACAUACAAAACUUUCCUAAGUUGCAACGUUUAUGAAUUCCGCGGUAAUCCCAGCUCGUAUCUUAUUUUUCCAAACAAUAAUGGUGAUUUCGACACUGCAAGGUCAACCACUAUCAUGGCAUGGGUUUGUCCAUAUGGUAAUCCAGGUCCUAUUUUCUACUUCGAUUCGUCAUUGCAGGAUGAGGGUGUUCAAAUAUCGCAAGUGAUGGAUAAUAAUGCAGCUGGGUUGUCUGCAAGCGUGAAAUUUACCAAACACGAUGGAACUCCAGUGACACCAUUAAAACAGGAAAUACCAGCGUUGAAUACAUGGUAUCACCUGGCUGUUGUCUACGACUAUGAGAAUGACAAGGGGCACUUGUAUAUCAAUGGGAAUUUGGAAUCGGCACCCUUUGAAGGAGAAAUAGCAACUCAAUAUGAUGCACAAGCCGGCGCUGCACUUCUUCCUCAAGAAUGGUUUAAUGGUUCCAUAACUUGUAUACAAAUUUACAAUGGAACAUUGAAUGAAGCUGAAGUUAAGGCAGCCAUGUAUCCCAAUGAAUGCAAGUGUACUGGCCCGAAACAUGAUCCUCACAUUACCACUUUAGACGGACGUGCUUACAGUUUUCAAGGCAUGUGUUGGUAUACACUUGUAAAAGACUGCUCCAGCAACAACCCUCAGUUUGAAAUUACCGCUGAUUUAGCACCAGGAAACGAUAUCGGUGAUCAAAUUAGAACCAGAGCUGUUGCCAUCAAUGUUACAGUUGGAGAUGAAAGCGUUGUCGUUGAUCAGGAUAAUGUUGCGAGUGUGCGUGAAGACAGUCUCAACAAUAUAAGCAUAGUACAGGAAGGCGACAUGGCAUUAUUGACUUUCAAGCUGAAGGAUACAACAUUCAAGAUAUUCUGGAUUGGGAGGAAACACGUUUUCAAUAUCGAAUUUACUGGUGAUUAUUAUCGCGGGGAAAUGUGUGGACUGCUUGGUAAUGCUGACGGUAAUGCCAAAAAUGACUUCCUGAGACCCGAUGGUGUUAUUGUAAAAGAUGCUAUUGAGUUUGGAGAAAGCUGGAAAGUUCCUGGCAAACAGUAA